GCUCAGGCUGGGGCUGUGGGAGGAAGGGGGCAGUGCUCAGCCUGGGGGUCAGUCCCCAGCAAGUUCAUGGCCUUCAGGGGGCCUGAACCCUGGGUCCCUGCAUCCCUGCAAAGCCAGAGGCUGAAGGCUGAGGAGAAGAUACUGGAUCUGGAAUUUGAAGUCUUAAGUGUGGGGUUUAACGAGGAGGGCAGAUAUGCUCUGCGGCUGACAGCUGAGAACCCCCUGCAGGCUGGCUCUGGGGCUGGGGUACAGUUGCAGGUAAAUGAUGGGGAUCCCCUCCCUACCUGCUCUGUUGUCACUGACAUCAUCGAGCAGCAGGAUCCUGGCCAGAGCCUCACCCUCACCAGGAACAAGUUUGUCUUUACUUUGCCCAAAGGGUUCUGCAAGAACGACUGGCAGCACGACGCGCAUCUUCGGGUAGAGGCGCUGCGGCUGGGCGGGGUCUCAGGACGCCCCGCCCAGAAGGUGGGCGAGGCCAUCUUCCCGGUCUUCCCGCGCCCGGACCAACCCCGCAUGAACCUGUGGGCGCGGGAGCACGAGGACCUGUACUGCUACCGCGGCAGCCUGGCCCUGCUGCGUGCCAGUGCUGACACCACAGCCCGCCACUGCGGGGGCCUGGCCUACAGCGUGGCUUUCCGAGAGCACCGGGGCCCUCAGCCUCCAGCCCCCAACUGCCCCCUGGGGACCGUCUCGCCAGAACCCAUGUCACCCCUCCCAGAGCCCCAGCUGCCUGGGCUGCAGGUGGGUGUUCGUUGGGACCCACCUCAGGUUCUGGCCUCCCCUCCCCCAACCCCCUAUUAG